CGCGUAAACAGCUAGCUAUCACUGUGUGUCUGGUCUGUUGCACUGUUACACCUACGACGUAUACUCAUAUGAUAGUAUCUUGUAUAUAGAGCGAACGCACAUAGUGCGUGCUCACCAUUUAGCAUUGGGCAUUAGAAUUUAUAUAUAUAAAUAUAUUGAAUUUAGAAACUCGGCUAUUUAAGACUUGGACUAUAAUAAAGGUUCAAUACAUACCAUACUGCCAUAUAGAAUAAAGUAAGAGAAGUAAAGUAUGAAUGCGCUGGCCGACUAUGCUGGCAGCUCGUCAGAAAGCGAUGGGGAAGGUAGAGCCACCAAACCGACUAAGACAGAGGAGAGGUCACCUCCGUCAACCCACGUGCCCACCAAUCUGAGUGCAUUAAAGAAGAAGAUGCAGCUCAAUGUAGCACCCUUAGUGCAUGCUAAAACAAAUGGCCGGUCCAUAGUUCCAGUUGAUCCGCAUGCCAAGAAUUUAGGAUACAAUCCCAGAAUCGAUGAAAUGUACGGGCCUAUUGAAGGGCCUACAAAUCCCAACAAGACCUCACAGGAGGCAGCAGAAAGGAAUAUAAUCAGUGGGUAUGUGGAAGAUACCGGUAUAAGUGACUUCGCAUUCGAGGAACAACGUAGAACGUUCCAUGCGUAUGGGUAUGCAUCGAAUCCCUCGGCUGGUGCGAAUGUGGUGGGCGAUAGGAAACGCGCGGAGAAGCAACAGAAUGCAACGGCGUUUGAAGGAGUUAGAAAUUCUGGUCCAAAGCGGAAACGAGAGCACAGAGGCGAUGCAGCGGACCUGGACAACUACCAAGGCCCUUGGGCUAAGUGGAAGGAUGAGAAGACCACCGCCAAGCCCACAGACGAGCAGAUGGAGAUUCUAAAGUCGUACAAGGUGAAGAACAUUGCGGAAAGCGGUGGAAAGGCCAAGAAGGAUGAGGAAGUAUCUGUUCUCAACAUUGACGACGCUCAAGACUACCAAGGACGCACCUUCAUGGACAUACCCCGCACCGUACCCUCGGGCGUCAAGCUCGACUCGGAUGACGGUCCCGAGAAGUGCUAUGUACCUACUAAGAACCUGGCUACAUGGCAGGCUCACGACAAGGGGGUCAGCGCCAUCCGUCUGUUUCCCAGGUCUGGCCAUCUCAUCCUUACGGCUGGUAUGGACUGCAGGGUCAAGCUGUGGGAGUACUACGGGAAACGGCGGUUGAUCCGCACCUAUGUGGGCCAUACGAUGGCCGUCAGGGAUAUCGACUUCAACAAUGACGGGACCAGGUUCCUGACGGCGAGCUACGACCGUAUGGUGAAGAUGUGGGAUACGUUCACGGGAGAGUGCCUAGGUCGAUACACCAACGGAAAGAUACCCUACUGUGUCAAGUUUAAUCCCGAUCCCGCGAAGCAACACAUGAUUGUCGCCGGUACGUCCGACAAGAAAAUCGUACAGUGGGACACCACCACCGGUGAGGUCGUGCAGGAAUACGACAGACACUUGGGAGCCGUGAACACCAUCACCUUCAUUGAUGGAGGCAACAGAAUGGUCUCCACCUCCGACGACAAGUCCAUCAAACUGUGGGAGUGGGAGAUCCCGGUGGACUACAAACACAUCGCCGAGCCUGGCAUGCACUCCGUACCCGCCGUUGCCAUGCACCCCAAGGGUCGCUGGAUGGCCUUCCAAUCUCUGGACAACACCAUACUUAUCUACGGAGUGGGUGAGCGGUUCAGGAUCAAUAGCAAGAAGCAGUUCAAGGGUCACCUGAUUGCCGGGUAUGCGGUCCAGCCCGGGUUCUCGUCCGACGGGCGCUACGUCAUCUCGGGUGAUUCGGAGGGCAAACUCAUCAUCUGGGACUGGAAGUCUACCAAGAUCUACAAACGGUUGGAGUGUCACACAAAGGUUACAAUCGGCUGUCUGUGGCAUCCGCACGAGCCGUCCCAGGUCAUCACAUGCUCUUGGGAUGGUACCGUCUCAGUGUGGGACUAGCGUUCUGGUGCGUGUGGGCGUAGAUUUAUACAUACAUACAUACAUCCACGCGCACCCGUGCAUUGUACAUAGAAGGAAUAAACAUACAUAUGUG